AUGAAAAAAGUACCUACAGCUGCCAAUUUAUUUACUACAGCUUCAAAAGAAGUGAAGAAAGAAUGUGUUUUCUGUACUGGGAAACACUCGAGCCCAGACUGUUUUCAAGCUCAGAAGAUGAGUUUGGCUGAAAGGUAUAAUAUUUUAAGAGAGAAGCAAUGUUGUUUUGCUUGCUUAACACCAAAGCAUACAUCUCGUUCCUGUAAAGCAUUUUUAAGAUGUGUAAUAUGUGGGAAAAAGCAUGUCCCACUUAUGUGUGAGUCUCUAGAGGCUAAGAAUCAAGAUUCAUUCAAGAGUGAGAAUAAGAGUCCAAAUGUUGAAAUUAAUAUGGCCAACAACACUUCUAGUCCCAGGGUGUUCCUCCAAACGUUGAAAUUAAAAAUGGUGUGUGGUAACAAAGAAAUCCCAGUUAGGGCAAUUCUAGAUUCUGGGUCACAAAAGACUUAUGUAUUAAAGAAUGUUGUUGAGAAAAUGGGAUAUAUCCCACUCAGAAAGGAAAUUCUGAUGCACUCAUUGUUUGGGGGCAUUAAAUCUGACAAGUGCGAACAUAAUUGCUAUAGGAUAAAACUGAGAAAUCAAGACAACAGUGUUACAUGCAACCUGGAAGCAUUAGACCAGCCAUCUAUAUGUGACAAAAUUUCAUCAGUCACUCCAGGUUCAUGGAUUACAGAGCUCCGUGAGAUGAAGAUCAGGCUAUCAGAUGUAGGGGAGGAGCCACAAUCUGUUCAAGUGCUUCUUGGUUCAGAUGUGAUAGGGAAGCUCAUAACUGGCCAGCGUAGAGUUCUAUCCUGUGGGCUUGUUGCCAUGGAGACACUACUUGGCUGGACUCUGUCAGGUAAAGUUCCUGAGAAUGAGAUGUCAUCAUGCAAUGCUAUGCUGGUGGCCUCCCUAUUUGUGAAAGAGAUGGAUAUCUCCCAAUUAUGGAGAUUAGAUUCCUUGGGGAUCCAAGAUCCUUCAGAACAAAAAACCAAAGAGGAGCUUCAUAAAGCGUCGAUGGAGCACUUCUUAAGAACUGUCAAGGUCGAUGAAGAAGAGCGAUUCCUUGUCUCCCUACCUUGGCUUGACGGUCAUUUGCCUCUUCCAGACAACUUCAAUUUGGCACUCAAAGGGUUGCAAGUGACAACCCAUAAGCUGAAGAAGGAAAACUUAUUUCAAGAAUACGGUGAUGUCUUUAAAGAAUGGGAACGAGAAGGCAUAAUUGAAGAAGUUCCCCAAGAGGAAAUAAAGUCUGCUUGUCACUAUCUGCCCCAUCCACAUGUGGUGAAGCCGAACAGCACUACGAAAAUUAGGCCCGUCUUUAACGCUUCAUCAAAACAAAAGGGAGCGGUCAGCCUCAAUGACUGUUUGGAAAAGGGAUUAAACUUGAUUGAAUUGAUCCCUUCCAUGUUAACAAGGUUUCGACUGUAUAGGUUUGGCAUUUCGGCUGAUAUACGGAAGGCCUUCUUACAAAUAAGUCUAUAUAAGGAGGAUCGAAAUUUCUUGCGAUUUUUGUGGCACAGUGAAGAAGGAGAACUCAUACAUUGCCGAGUGGUGUUUGGUGUUUCCAGCAGCCCUUUCUUGCUUGGGUCAACAAUCCAAUACCACUUGGAGAGAAAGUUGGAAGAAGCGCAGCAAGGCCGUGGAAGAUACCCUGAGUGCAUUAUUCAAAAGUUGAUGAACAGCUUUUACGUGGACAAUUGUUUAGCAAGUGUCAAAACCCAGUCGGAGCUAGAACGAUUUAUUGAUGUAGCCACGGAGAUCAUGGCUGAAAGAAAAUUCGACUUACGAGGGUGGGAGCACUCUAGCCCAUCUGAUCCAAUAACAAGUCCUACAAUCAUCCUGGGAACGAUUUGGGACAGACAUUGUGAUACUCUUUCAAUAAAUAUUCCGGAUUUGAGAGAACUAAUGGAAGAGGUUAUCACGAAAAGAAAUAUUCUUGCUGCUUCCCACAAAGUGUUUGAUCCCUUGGGGAUUACUAGUCCAGUGUUGCUACUACCAAAACUCUGGCUACAAAAUUUGUGGAAAUCUAAAAUCGGUUGGGAUGAAGAAGUAUAUCUAAAAACACGUCAAUAUUUUCUGAAGUGGCUAAUGGAGCUGGAAUAUUUGAAGCAUGUUAAAGUACCAAGGUGGUUACACUGUGAUAGCGGAUUUGAGCAUAUUUCAUUGCAUUUUUUUUGCGACGCAAGCAAACUAGCCUAUUCUGCGGUUGUUUUCCUACGAGUUGAUAGUGGAAACUCUGUACACAUACAACUGGUGCAGAGGAAAACUAGAAUUGCACCUUGUGGGAAAAAGGAAACAACUAUUGCAAGGCUGGAACUUCUUGGUGCUGCUAUAUCUGCUCGUCUUUCUUCCACUGUCUUGAAAGAGUUUCCAACAGACAAUGUUUAUUUCUGGACAGACUCUACUACUGUGCUGGCUUGGUUGAAGAGAGAAGAACCGUGGGGUGUAUUUGUUUACAACCGUGUUCAAGAAAUUCGGAAGCUGACACCAGUCAAAGCUUGGAGACACGUUCCUGGAUCACUGAAUCCAGCGGACUGUCCGAGUAGAGGGUGUUCAGCGAAGCAGCUUUGCAGUUCGAAAUGGUGGGAAGGUCCCAGUUGGUUGUAUCUUUCGUCUCAUGAAUGGCCUGUUAGUGAUGUUGUAGUAGAUGUCAAUGAGGAAGAAGUGAAUAAAGAGAGAAGAGCUAUCGUGACCUCUAUGAAACAUCAGAGUAGUGGCUUAUCUAUUGAGAAGACUCCUGAUUUACCUACUGACCGUGUUCCUGAUUCACCUGCUGAUCAUGUUCCUGAUUUACCUGCUGACCAGGUUCCCAAUUCUCCUGUUGAAAGGACUGAUAUUUCUGAGGAGAUACACCAUACCAAAACCAGAUUAGGAAGGACCAUAAACGUUCCUCGUAAAUUGGACUUGUGA